GAGGAGAUCAUCGCCGAAGACUAUGAUGAUAACAACGUUGAUUAUGAAGCUACCAGGCUUGAAAAUUUACAAACGAAUUGGUACAAAGUUUUAGACCCCGCUUGUGGACUUCCUUACUACUGGAAUAUAGAGACAGAUUUAGUGUCCUGGUUGUGCCCCAAUGACCCUACUGCUGUCAUCACCAAAGCUGCUAAGAAGCAGAAAGGUGAGACUGGACAUGACAAAGCAGACAGUCACUAUGAGAAGGCGGAGAGAGACAGGGAUCGAGACCGAGAGAGGGACAGAGAGCGCGAUCGGGAGCGGGACAGAGACAAGGAGGACGGAUGGGACAGAGAUAGAGACCGAGAUAGGGAUCGAGACCGGGACAGGGACCGUGACAGAAGGAUGCGGAGAGAUGACAGUGCACCAUAUAGCAAAUCAAAGAGAGGAGGACCAGGAGGAGGUCGGAAACAGCAGCAGGAGGAAAUGGAUCCCAUGGAUCCCAGCGCCUAUUCAGAUGCUCCAAGGUAAUGACCAGCUAGUUUACAAUUACCACUAUGGCUGUGUUUGUAAU